AGUCUAGUCUCUAAUCUCUAGUCAUAAGCUCAUAACUCGUAACCUCCUGUAACCUGUAAUAAUUUGCAGUUGAAGGUCGAAAAGUUAAGUCACCACAUUUUUUUUUCGACUUGUUGAAGAUGUUUUCCAGAGUGUUGAGGCCGUCAUUGAUUUCCACAAGAAAUUUCAGUACAUCUAAACAGAACAACUAUAAAGUUGCAGUAUGUGGCGCAUCAGGUGGUAUCGGUCAGCCGCUAUCACUUCUUCUGAAGAUAAAUCCACUAGUUAGUGAGCUGUCACUCUAUGAUGUCGUACACACUCCCGGUGUAGCAGCGGAUUUGUCUCACAUUGAGACUGCAGCCAAAGUUACAGGAUACAAUGGGCCUGAACAUCUUGCAGAGGCGUUGAAAUGUGCUGAUGUGAUAAUCAUUCCAGCUGGUGUUCCCAGAAAACCAGGUAUGACAAGAGACGACUUGUUCAAUACAAACGCUGGUAUUGUCAAGUCACUUGCCGAAUGUGCUGCCGAAGUGGCCCCCGAAGCUCUCAUUGGAAUUAUUACUAAUCCCGUGAAUUCGGCUGUUCCUAUUGUGUGCGAGGUUUUGAAGAAGGCUGGAAAAUUAGAUCCCAGACGAGUUUUUGGAAUUUCCACGCUGGAUAUUGUCAGAGCGAAUACGUUCAUUGCUCAAGAAAAAAGUCUCAAUCCCAAAGAUGUCAAUAUUCCUGUCAUUGGUGGACACUCUGGUAUCACCAUUAUUCCCCUCAUCUCAAGGGCUACUCCAGCAGUCAGUUUUCCUGAAGAUAAAUUGAAAUCACUGACAACCAGGAUCCAAGAAGCUGGUACAGAGGUCGUGAAAGCGAAAGCAGGUGCCGGUUCUGCCACCCUAUCGAUGGCCUACGCCGGUGCCCGAUUCGCCAACUCUCUUCUCCGAGGCCUGAAUGGCGAGAGCAACGUCAUCGAACCAGCGUACGUCAUGUCGGACGUGACGGAAGCCCCCUAUUUCGCCUCUCCUCUCGUCCUCGGCAAGUGCGGUAUCGAGAAGAAUCUGGGACUCGGAAAUCUGAGCGAUUUCGAACAGGAUCUCCUCAAGAAAGCUAUACCGGAACUAAAAAAGAACAUCGAGGCUGGUGUCAAGUUUGCCAACCAAUAAUCCCAUCCACGAUUGAAGGCACGGGUGGAUGCAGCAUUCAUGUGCUACAAAGUUAUGUCAUUUCUUUGUGUCAUAGUGAAGAAAAGCAUGUGGAACAGGUAAGUAUAAGUGGACAAUUUUGAAAGAAGAAAUCUGUAAAAGUCACAUGAAUGCUUCAUUACUCUAAGAGUUUUUGAAGUGGAAUGGCGUGUUUCUAUAAUUUGGAUCAUUAUUUUGCCUGUUAUGCUUGAGUAAUUUAUUCGUUUUCCAUCAAUAUUCUUGAAUUGAUAGUUUAUAUUGAUAAUUGAGAAAUUUUCACCGACUAUUUCAAAAGAGAGCUUCACCUAACUUAACCUCACUUCUCGGAACAGUAUACUUCCAUCAGAAUUUCAAAUGAAUCUGUUAUCUCUGCUGGAUGAAUGAUUCAAGUCCACAAUAUUCCUGGAUGAAGUAUUUAUGAUCAUGAAUGAAAUUGUACAUGGAUACUUCCAUUGAAUUCUUACAUAAAUCCUUCAAUUUCCUCAUUUAGUACAAUACAAGAGUGAAACUCACACUUGAAAAGUCGAUGUAUUUGAAUCUUUCAUCUACUAAAAGACGUAAUUCUUCAGAAGAUUGUCAUAUAAAUCCUUGUUCCACUUGUGCCUUCAUUAUAGGUACUCUGUGUUCUGCAUGGAAACAAAUUCAACAUUUCCUGAGUGUUUCCUUGAGUAUUCUAAUUUAUUAUC